CUUAACCUCCACAUAUGGUUAACACAAACAUCUCAACAUAGUCCACUCUUUCAUAUUCAUCUCUCUCUUUCUCUCUCUCAAAGAACACCCAUAUGGAUAAUUUUUUGUUUGAUAGAUUGAACUUUGGCUAAGAAGGUUGUUUUUCUGAUUUAUGGGGUGGGUCUUUCUUGAUUCUCAGUAACAGAACCAAGAAAAUCCAGAUAAAGAAGAAGGUACAAAAACCAGAAGAUUUAAGGUCUAUACGUAUGGCGGAUCAAAGUGGUGAAGAGAAAACCGGGGAAAUGGUUACAUCUACUGGAUACUGUUAUUCUAAUCAUGAUUAUUCAACUGGAAAUCCAAAUACUCAGACUCAUCUGGUUAGUCAGUUGCAACAAUUUGAGCAUAAUUCCGAGAUCUACAACUUGACUGCUGGAAUGGAAAUGAUAGGGUUUCCAUCAAAGAAUCUGCAUCAACAAAAUGAAAACACCUCAGUUUUGUGGAAGGAGUUCUUCAACAAGCCCGGGGUCGGUCGUGCGUCGUCAUCCAAGCCCACAUCAACAAGUGAAUUCUAUAGCCAUGAUUUAACAGGUAUAUCUGAUACGACAAAUGAGAACUUGUUGGAUUCUUCAUCAGCUUGGAAUAAUCAGAAUAGAUUGAUGGUGGAUGAUCCAUCUUCGAGGUGUAUUUUUCCUGGUGAAGGAAAUGAAAGGCGCCUGUCACUCUCUUUGAGUUCAUCAAAUCCUGGAGGUACUGGGAUUCAUCAGUCUUUUGAUGUUGGACAUCAAGAUGAUUUAAGGUUUGGUCCAUCAAGUUCUAGUUCUGUGAAUAUUCAACAACACUUUCAUAUUAGGAACUCAAAGUACUUGGCUCCUGCUCAAGAUCUUCUUAAUGAGUUCUGUAAUCUUGGUACAAAACACUCUGUGAAUCCAUCAAAGCAAAAGAUUGAGAAGAACAACGUAUUGGAUGAUGAGAAUAUCAUAAAAAGGCAAUCUUUGUAUUCUCUUGAUCUCCUCGGGUUGCAGAAAAGAAAAACCAAGUUGCUUCAACUCCUAGAUGAGGUGGAUAGAAGGUACAAGCACUACUGUGACCAGAUGAAGGCUGUGGUAUCAUCAUUUGAAGCAGUGGCUGGAAAUGGGGCUGCAACAGUGUAUUCUGCCCUAGCUUCAAAGGCCAUGUCAAGGCAUUUUAGAUGUUUAAGAGAUGGAAUUGUUGGGCAGAUUAAGGCCACCAUGAAAGCAAUGGGUGAAAAGGACACUGCUGCACCGGGCACAACGAAAGGGGAGACACCAAGACUUAGACUUCUUGAUCAAACUUUAAGGCAACAAAGUGCAUUCCGGCAAAUGAACAUGAUGGAAAGCCAUCCAUGGAGACCUCAACGAGGAUUGCCCGAAAGAUCGGUUACUGUUCUUCGUGCUUGGCUUUUCGAGCACUUCCUCCACCCGUAUCCGAGUGAUGUAGAUAAACACAUUUUAGCCCGCCAAACAGGACUCUCAAGAAGCCAGGUGUCUAAUUGGUUCAUCAAUGCUAGGGUGAGACUAUGGAAACCAAUGGUGGAACAAAUGUAUUUAGAAGAACUAAAAGAACAGGAGGGCAUGAAUGAUGAUUCUGUAACCAACCUUGAUGAUAAUCAACUGAAUUCUUUGAGAAACAUAGACGAAAAGCCGAACCACGAUCAACUUGCGAGAAUCGAUUCCGAGUGUCUCUCUUCAAUUGUAAAAAAUCCAGAGAAAAAUGAUAGCAAAAAGAGUAAAACCCUUCAAAAUGAUCGGCACCAGCACCAGCACCAAAGUUUUGGUAGGGUGGAUGACUCAUCAUUUGGUGCUAUGGAAUUGGAUUUCUCUUACAAUCAUCAUUCAGCAGGUGGGGCCAGCGCGGCUCAUGAUUACGUCGGCAGCAGUAGUGGCAGUGGCCGUGGCGGCGGCGGUGGUGGUGUGUCAUUGACAUUGGGAUUACACCAUGAGAGUGGUGUUGGGGUGAGCUUAGCAUUUUCUCCAGCCUCCCAAAACUCACUUUUCUACCCUAGAGAUCACAUUGAAGAUUGUCAAACAGUACAAUACUCAUUCUUGGAUAAUGAAAACCAGAAUCUGCCAUACAGAAAUUUGAUGGAUGCACAACUGCUGCAUGAUUUGGCUGGAUAGUCCCGGAUUUUGACGAACUAUAUUGUGCUAUGUUGAAGAGAUAUCUAUCUAAUUUGACUAGAAUCAAGAGAUUACUGAAACUACUCUAUGAUUUGGCUGGAUUAGGAUAAUUUAUCUGCAACUUGGAUUAGAUAUACAAUCAAACUAAUUUGCUGUAAUGGCUGGUAGCUAGUUUUUGGAUUGCUUUUUGUUUCUUAAUUAAUUAGAACAAUGUUAUUUCAAGGGGUGAUAUAUAUCAUUGGUUCAAUCUCU